AUGCUGUCCCGAGCUGGCCGCUUGACCGGCGCGUGGCUGCGGCCAACACUUCGUCUCCGUGGAGAUGCAGGCCACAUACGCCCCGUUGUGCCUCGACUAGCCGUCUCAGCUACGUCAGUCCUUCCAGUGUCGCCACGUCUCCCACAGUCGGGCUGCCGACAUGGCUCUUCAAAGGCGAGGAAACACGCCACGCGCCAGGAGGUGAAGGGCAAAGGCCGUGAAGACGACAAAGAUGCCCCCGAACAACCUUCGCAGCCGCCGCCUGGCAACAAGCAGCCGAGCAGUGCCGAACAAAUUGGCACACUGGUAAAGGCGGAACCGGCCACCAACCCAAGGGACAUUUCUCUCGAGUUCGACAAACUCCACGCGCCAGUCACGUUGUCACAGAUUUGGCUCAGAGAUGCAUGUCAAUGCCACCUGUGUGUGAGUGAGUCAUCGGGCCAGAAGCGGUUCGCAACCUGCGAUAUACCGUCCGCCCUCAAGGUCGACAGCCUGAAGGUCCUGGAGGAUGGGGGCCUCGAGGUGUCCUGGGCCAACGACCUGGCACUCGGCGGCAACCCGCACGUGUCAACGUACCCGCUCGCUGUGCUACACGACAUACUCCUACACCCGGUGCCCUACAAGCGCAACGUAUCAGCCCGUGAGAUUUGGGACUCCCAGUAUUUCGACAAGGACAGUCGGUCGAGGGAGAUAAACUACGCGUCCUGGAUGGAAGACAGCCUACGUUUUGCUGAGGCUUUCCGCAACCUGCACCACUGGGGGCUGGUCAUCAUCCGGGACGUGCCUCAGACAGCGUCUGCCGUCGAACAGGUGGCCUCGAGACUUGGCCACCUGCAAGCUACUUUUUACGGGCCGACAUGGGACGUUGUCUCCAAGCCACAGGCUGAGAAUGUUGCAUACACCAACGAGUUUCUCUGCCUCCACCAGGAUCUGAUGUAUUUGAAUGAGCCUCCGAGGAUACAGAUUCUUCACUGCCUCGAGAACGGCUGUGAAGGAGGCGAUUCCCUUUUCUCCGACGGACUCCGAGCCGCCUACGACCUGAAGCUUAACAACGAAAGUCAUUAUCAGACGCUUGCAAACAGCCCCGUAGGUUUUCACUACGCCAAAGGGGGCCAUUAUUGGCAUAAUCACCAUGAAACCAUCACCACUCAUUCCAGACGCCGAAACAAGGCAAAGGAUACAACUCCAAUGAGCGUGCGCUGGUCGCCGCCUUUCCAAGCACCAUUCUGGACAGCACUCCGACGAGGCAGCAUCACUUCUCCAUUUGAUCGUCGAGCCGGUUUCCUGGUAGAAAACUGGCAGGAAGCAGCCAAAGUGUUUAGGGACAGCAUAGAGGACCCCGUCAAUAUGGUUCAAUUCAGGCUGCAGCCCGGAGACUGUGUCGUCUUCGACAACUGGCGGGUUCUGCACGGGCGGCGUGCUUUUGAUACGGGAUCCGGCAGGCGCCAUCUGAGGGGCACGUACGUUGAGCACCAAGCCCUCAAUAGCACGUGGGUACGACUACAGAAAGAAGGCCUGAUGUUCUCAGAGGAACCCGAUCCUCACAUGGAGGAAAAGAGAAGGGCCGGCCGCAUCCUGGGGCAUUGA